AUGAAGGUUAAUCAAGUAUUAUACCUAGGAGCCUUUGCCUUAACAGUUGCUGCUGUUGAAAAUGUUGUCAAAUUACCUCUUACCAAAGGUAAAGCUCCUAACUCCACAAGAGCUCUUUACAGAAGAGAUGAGACCCACCCUGAAACUUUAGUUGAUGAUUACUAUAGCUAUUACGCUGACGUUCAAGUUGGUACACCAGCUCAAACAAUCAGAGUCUUGGUUGAUACUGGUUCUUCUGACUUAUGGUUCCCAACUAGUGAUAAUCCACACUGUCCAGAAGGUACUGCUACUCCAAUUGACAAUGGUGAUCCGGAUACCGAUUAUUGUUUAGCUACUGCUCUUUUUGAUACAGAUGCUUCAUCAACAUGGGAACCAAACUAUAACAUUCCAGCGUUUUACAUUAGUUAUGUCGAUAAAGGUUAUGCUAGAGGUACUUGGGGUACUGAUACUUUGAGCUGGGGUGAUGUAACUAUCAAUGAGAUGUAUUUGGCAGCUGCUAAUGAUUCAACAAAGCCUGCUUUACUUGGUAUUGGACUAGUGGGUGGUGAAAGUACAACUUGGUAUCACAGAAGACAAGCUUAUGAAUAUCCAAAUUUCCCAGUGAGAUUACAAACUGAUGGUUAUAUUGCCAAAACUGCUUAUUCACUAUAUAUGGCCGAAGAUCCUCAUACUACAGAUGGUGAUGUUGAUGUCACAUUGCUGUUUGGCGGUGUUGAUAAUGCUAAAUAUUCUGGUUCAUUAGCCACUUUCCCAAUCGUCUCUAGUGUUGAUUUGGCAAUCAAUCUAACAGGAAUUGAAAUUUCCGUUUCUGGACAAACUACUACUGCUUCCACAAGUGAAUUUAAAGCUGUUUUGGAUAGUGGUACCACUUAUCAAUGGUUGCCAACUGCUGCUGUUAGUAACCUUGCUCAAAGUUUGGGAUCAGAUAUGUCAACUGAUCAAUGGGGGUUUUAUAUCGUUCCAUGUGAUUAUGAUCAAAAUGACUAUAUCAGUUAUAUCUUUGGUAGUAAAAGAAUUAAUGUCCCUGUUUCUGAUGUUGUUCUGAAUUACAAUUCUCAAUGUACAUUGAGAAUUCAUGGUUCAGAUACUGUCAGACCUUUCCUAGGUGAUAGUUUUUUGAUCAAUACCUAUGUUCUCUAUAACAUUGAUGACAAUGAAAUCUCAAUUGCACAGGCCAGAUACACUUCUGAAGAAAAUAUUCAAGCUAUUAGCUAG